AAAUCAUAACAAAGAAGCGUGUUUCGAAAAAUUUCCGUAAAAAAUCAUCAAAAAUCAUGAGUAGCGAUGAAGAAGACGUUCGUUCGAAGAUCUCCAACAUGCCUUUUGGGCAAGUGCUUGAACUCAAAUCCAAAAUUGGCACGACCAGCUUUAAUGAAGUAAUUUUCGGAUCAAAUUCCAAGACCGAGAAACGACAAAAAAACACAAAAACUCAGAGAUUCAAGCAGGAAACAGUCGAAGAUGACGAAGCCCCGGUUGAAAUGAGCUCCAAAAAGCCCGUUCCCUUCCUCGGAUCUGACGGACUCUCGAAACGCAAACGAAAAUACCUCGAAACGAAAGUCAGGGAUCCGCGUUUCGAUCGAAAAUGUGGCGAAUAUGACGCGGCGGCAUUCCGGGAGAAUUUCGACUUUGUCUUUGAGAUGAAACAAAACGAAGUGAAGGAACUGAAAAAGCAACUGCGUGAGACAAAAGACCCGGAGGAGCGACAAAAGUUGAAAUUCGUCAUUCAGAGGGCGGAAAAUCAAGUACGCGAACACUUGAAACAGCAAAAAUUGCAUCAAAAACGCGCCGAGCAACGAGAAGAACAAGAAAAAGCUGUGAACGAAGGAAAACGCCCUUAUUUCAUGAAGAAAAGUGACCAACGGAUGGUUGGUUUGGUCGAACAAUUUGUGGAUCUCAAGAAUUCGGGCAAAUUGAAGAAACAUAUUGAGAAGAGAAGGAAGAAAGAGUGCCGGAAUUUCAAAGAAAAAAAUUAAUAUGUAAUAAAAUUUAAGGGAAAAUUUAAUAUUUUUCUUCGUCAUUUUCGUCGGAAUUUGAUUCCAUCGCCAUUCGACUCUCAAUGCGUUCGCAGGAACAAAAUUGACGAUCACAAAUUGCCAUUUCGCCAAUUAAACAGCUAUUUUCGCAAGCCUCUGAAGGUUUCCACAUUCCCAUGUCUCUGUCGAAAGAACAUCGAUCCGCGGCAAGGUCUUGUCGUCGUGAAGGGCGUUUAGCGAGAGUAGCAACUAUGAAGAUUGUGAAGAGGAAAAAUGUUAUUUUUGACAUUUUUUAUGAGAAAUUUAGAAAAAAAACUUGAGAUUUU